GAGCAAACUACACGCGUAUACACUGCAAACAUGCCUCCUCUAGACUCAUUUGGGUGAGUUUGCUUGCCUUUGCCAGCUGUCUCUGUUUCUGCUGCUCUCUGCCACCAUGGACGUCGCGAGUCCCCGCCGGCCUCACUACCAACUCGGCGCACUGUCCAACUUUAUCCCGCUCAAUGAAGAGCCCAGUGCAAUAUCGACACGCGGCCAACGCCUGCCGAGCCUGAUCCAGAGCCGGUCAACCACAUCUCUGCUCACCCUGCAGCGCCGGCCGGCAACACGAAGGGGCUCCGUCGCGAGCCACCGGUCCGAUGAAGAUGAGGAGCACGGUCCUCGUGAAAGCUUCGAGGCAAUUGCCGCAGGCCGGUGGCGCCCCAGCACGCCCUCGGAAACAGACCCGCGACGGAUGAGCAUGGGCCCCGAGAUCCUCAUGACACCGCAGGUGCGCAGUAUGCGACUGAUUGGGCAGAGCAACCCCAGAUACCGCUGGCACCAGUACUUCAAGACGGAGGAGGAGUUGAAGCAGAUGAGGAAACCCAUCCGGAAAUACUACGAGCGGAACAAUUUUCUGGUCACACAAUACCUAUACAUCGACAAGCUGUUGGAUUCGUCGCUCCCGCACAACCUCAUCCAAGAGUAUAGCCAACCGCGCUCGAAUGGCGCGAUGAACACCAUCUGCGAGGAGCCCCCUUCGGGCAACAUGACCCCGGUAAAUGGACCGAAUGCUCCCAACACGCCCACCGAGACCAAGCUCAAGCGGACACCAAAAAACCUGUACAAGCUCCCCAGUGAAGAGACGCCGUUGUUAUUAGACGACGCCGAAGCGAUCCCCGACGCAGCCGUUCCGGAAAUCAGUUUUGAAGACAUUGACGAGGGCGUGGACUCAAACGAGCGGAUUGUAACCGUGGCAAUCUACAUCAAUCUAGCCGCCAACAUCAUCUUGCUGGCGGGUAAAAUCGUGGUCAUCAUCCUGACCUCAUCUCUCUCGGUGCUCGCGUCUCUUGUCGACGCGGCGUUGGAUUUUCUGUCUACCGCCAUUGUCUGGACCACUACGAAACUCAUCUCGCGACAGGAUCAGUACGCUUAUCCUAUCGGUCGACGACGAUUGGAGCCAGUCGGGGUCCUCGUUUUCAGUGUCAUCAUGAUCACUUCCUUCUUCCAAGUGGCCCUGGAGUGUUUCAAUCGGUUGAUUUCGGGCGACCGCAGCGUCGUGGAACUGGGUAUCCCCGCCAUUGCCAUCAUGCUGAGUACGGUCGCCAUCAAGGGCUUCUGCUGGUUCUGGUGUCGACUAGUGAAAAACAGUUCUGUCCAAGCGCUCGCUCAAGAUGCCGCCACCGACGUCGUCUUCAACAUCUUCUCCAUCAUUUUCCCGCUCGUGGGCUUUUACUUUCAGAUCUGGUGGCUGGACGCCUUGGGUGGGUUGUUCUUGUCCUUCUACGUCAUUUUCAACUGGACCACCACCAGCGUCGAGCAUGUGCGAAAUCUUUGUGGGGUUUCGGCCACCGCGGACCAGCGCAACGUCCUGCUGUAUCUCGCCAUGCGCUUUGCCAAACCGAUCCGCUACAUCCAGGGGCUGCAGGCGUACCACACGGGCGACAAGCUCAAUGUGGAGGUCGACAUUGUUCUGGAUGAGAAUAUGAGUUUGCGGGACAGUCACGAUCUGAGCGAGAGUCUGCAGUAUGUGCUCGAGAGCGUGCCGGCGGUGGACCGCGCGUUUGUGCACGCCGACUAUGCGGAUUGGAACUUGCCCAGCCAUAUGAAUCAGCAAGGUUGACGAAUUUUGGGGCGGGGGUUGGCGAUGGCUUGGGUCAGCCACGUUUUGUAUAGUACGGGAAGAUGGGCUACAAUGGGUCAACAGGCCUGAGGUUUAAGAUCUGCACCAGAAGAUCGCGGUCUGGACAGGAGGUGCGGGAAUGAGCAAUGUGUGGGAGUGUGUAGAUGGUCGGCACUUGUGAGUUAUGAUACCACGUCGUUGGAGACAGUACAAUAUAUGCCCCUUAAUUCCAGCUUACGAUCCACGGCGAGAGCAUUUCGGGCGGAAUUUGAUCGAGCUUCAG